AUGUACCCCUUUAUGUUAGGCUAUGACGUGCUAAUUUAUGUAGUCGAUGUGACUCUACCAACCGCAUUUGAUUCCAUCGAGUCCGAUUUGAAUCGCUUGAACAUCACACGAGUCGAAAACAGUUACCCAAAGAACUUGGUGAAGUAUUUGAUCGGAAACAAAGUCGACUUGUGUUCCGAACAAACAAAAAUCAUGAACAAGACCCUUGCGACGUUAUACGCAGAGACGUUUGGGAUGCGCUACGUCGAGAUGAACUCAACGCAGACAAGUCCCGCUUACUUGGAAUCAAUUGCUCGCGACUUCUAUGAAACGGCGAAAAGUACAGUCAAUUACUAA